AUGGCCAUGAAUAAUCAAGAUAUUUAUACACGAGUUGGCGAGCGAUACGGAAGUGCAGCAAACGGCUCCAAUGUAACAUACAGCACCAAUGUUGCGAAAGCCUUUGGCUAUUCGAACGAGGACCUCGAAUCCAUCCCGAAAGAUGCCAACUUGGGACUGAGUUGCGGCACGCCUUUGGCAAUCGCUUCACUGAAGGAAGGCGAGACUGUUAUCGACCUGGGAAGCGGUGCUGGUCUGGAUGUCUUCCUAUCAUCCAGCAAAGUCGGCCCAACUGGUAAGGCUAUCGGUGUUGACAUGAACAAGAACAUGCUCGCCAAAGCCAGGAAGCUUAAGGCAGAUCGAUCGAUGGAAAACGUCGAAUUCAUUGAGUCUCGUAUCACCGAAAUAGCCUUGGAAGACAGCGUCGCCGACUGCAUCAUCUCCAACUGCGUCGUCAAUCUGGUACCCCAUGAUGAGAAACAAAAGGCCUUCAAUGAGAUGCACCGUCUGCUCAAACCCGGAGGGCGAGUCGCCAUAUCCGAUAUCUUGGCAAGGAAGCCCCUUUCCGAAAAUAUCAGAAACAGCAUGGCACUUUACGUCGGAUGCAUCGCUGGAGCAAGUCAAGUCGAGGAGUAUGAAGAGUACCUGAAACGUGCAGGUUUCAAUGGUGGGCAGUCCUAUACUUAUAAGGAGUAUCAGCUGACCGGAUGGACCUGCGGAUGUUGCUCAGCCCCGGAGAACAUGGCGGUUGAUCUCAACGGACAAGAUCUCAACGAUUGGGCUGGUAUGUAA